AUGGGAGUCAACAUAAGGUGUCGGCGCGACGAAUCCCUGCGGAACGUCGGCAGGAUAUCGCUGUGCGGCGAUCUGAGACUGUCGCCGAUGGCAGAUUCACCGCCACCCGAAAUCGACCCACAGGUCCAAGGCGACGACCACCUCCGUUUCACGCCUUCGACCUGUAGCGGGCGCGUCUGUGUCGCGGCAAAGCAACAGAGACAAAGGGCGGCGAGCUCCAAGUCGCGCAGCCGGUGGAGCGGUACCAUAGGAGGGCUAUGCCCGGGCACGAAGAAGAGACGGCAAACAUCCUACCCUGUACUUGCCGCGCCGAAUGCGCUGGCGAAGACAUCGCUUGCCGCGAAGAUAUCCAAACUGCACCAGAUCGUUCGGUCUUGCGUUGGCACAACACAAGACGAAACGAUGUGGUGCUUCCUCCGCGUCGAGGUCCAAGUCGACAUGGGGUCGUUUCGUCGGACUGGCCCCGCGCCUCGCGCGCCCGUCCGCCGCCCCCCUCUCGCUCCGGUCGUCCGUUUUGGUUUCGACCAUGCGUUGAUGACCGGAUGGUGA